AUGGACACCGCUGUAGCUCAAGUUUUCGACAUCCCCGAGCUGGCUAACGCACUUGCAUCUCACUUGGAGAAGAACGCUCUGGCGACACUCGUCCUCACCUGUCGACAAUUCAAGAUCAUAUUCGAGCCGUGGCUCUAUCGGGACUUGACGUUGUCCUCGGGCAUUGUAAAUGGCGGGUUGCUACUACACUCAACUCGUUCGUUGCGCGCCCUUUCGAGGAACAUCCAACAUAUCCGCAGCCUGACAUGUGGUCCAGAAGAGAUUGGCUAUCUGUUCAACUGUCUCCUUCGCUACCACGUCCAGACCGCCACCGGCGCUACCACAGACAACGCCUUCACCAUCACCUCUGUUGGAUCUUUAUCUUCAUCCUUGCCGCUCUCUCGACGACCACGCUGGGUCCCGCUUCCGGAUGUGCCUCCGCGCACCUGCCAUGUGAUCCCGCUUGCGCCUAUGCAACGCUUGGUCUCCCUCAAGAUAGACCUCAUGUCUUCACGACCCAACGUCAAGAUCCGAUAUCGUAUGCCGACUAGCACGGACGCAGAUAUCACCGUCCGACAGAUCUGCUGGAUCAUACAGCAGUCCCCUCAACUCACAAGCCUUGACAUUGUCCGACUGUCUGUCAAGAGUCACACGGAGAUGCAGCUAUUGGCGGCUACGAUCGGGGGUCUUUCUUACCUGCAAAAGAUCCGACUUUCCAUUCGCACAAUGGAGGAGGUGUGGCAGAGAGGGUUUUCCAAAAUGUUCUUUACGCUGCCACGUUCCGUCAAGACAUGUGAGCUGUUUAGUGUGGAACUGUCUCGUCGAAUGUUCUUCCGUCAUCGAGGCAACUUUUAUCCUGAUCCUGACCAGGAGGAUGAUGCCGAAAGCGAGCUGGAUCCGAAGGACAAGGAAUGGAUAGAGCUGGCCAAAAAGGGUUAUGAGAGGAGGAACCAUUCGGAGCUGGACCACGAGGAGGAUCAGGACGACAUCCAAGAGGUCCGUUGCCGAACCGAAACGCUAUCUCUGCUCAACAAGUUUGUCCCUUGGAAGAUGAACGGUGCUUCUAGCGACGACAUCCUGGCUGUCUUUGACCACUGUCCUAACAUUGAGCAUUUGGAUGUUCCCUGCGUUUCGCAAGUCGGGAACGAGCUAGAGUCCCUCGUGAGGUCGAUCAAGGAAAGAUGUCCACGCAUUCGCACGCUCUCCUCCAAAAGAGGCAACGAUUGUCGCCACCUUUUCUCUUUCAUGGAGACGUUACCACACCAGCAGCUCCAGGAGGUCAAAAUGACCAACUGGAAUCACACCUUCGACAACGCCAUCACAAGACGAGCAUUCGAGUCCCAUUCUACAACACUGCGCAAGGUGGACAUCCACCACGCGUUCGGAAUCGGGAGUAAAGGCGUUCUGGCGAUCCUGGAACUCUGUGGAUCAUUGGAAGUGUUGAUAACGCACCCAGGUCAAUGCGAGAGCCGCAACGUCCUCACCUUAUCGGAUGCCAUCUCAGUUCCUUGGUCCUGCAAGACGAUUCGCCACCUCGAGAUUACAAUCGGUCUUCCUGAGGUCUCCCAAGCUCCUUACUACGCACGAGCGGCGCCAGUGGUUCUGUCGGAGGAGGAGAGACAACAGUUCGCGGACCUGGAGAGAUUCUAUCGACAAAUCGGCAGUCUCACCACGUUGGAGUACUUGGACAUGCGCGCAGUUAGCGUGGAUAUCGAAGGAAAUGCAACAGAAUCGACAGAGAUGAACUCUUGCAAAUGCACCUUCCCUGCCAUGCUAAAUCUCCCCGACUGUGCGACAGGCUGGCCUGGAUACCUUAACCUGCUGGCGGGGUGGGUCAAUCUGAAGGAGCUUCGAGGUUCGGUCCAUGUUACGACUGACGAGACCAAAGUCACAGUCGGCGUUCAGGAGAUUGAGUGGAUCGCGACUCAUUGGCCGUCUCUUGAGUGUGUGGCGUUCUUUACGUGGGAUAGUGACGUCAAGGAUCAACGCUUCAUGCGGCUUCGGGAUGAGCUCCGGCCUGGCCUUUCUUUGUGGCAGUACUAA